UGUUGUGCUUGGGCAGCUCGGAAACUCAAGGUGCGCCGCGCUCUCUCGCUCGCCGCCGCAAGAACAACUUCUCUCCCCUGGAAACGUAGAGGAGUGUUAUAGUGUGCGCCAUUCGAGAGUUGGGCGGCUCGGUCAGGCUGGAGGGUCGUUAAUACGCCGGGGAGACGGAUUCUUGGCCUGCUGCCGCGAGAUGAAGGUCGCUGCCGCCGCUACCGCCGGACCCCUGCUGUUCUCAGCGAUAGGAUGGAGAGAAGCAGCCGCCGAGAGCUCCGGUUCUCGGCUGCAGUUCACCAUCCCGAGUGCGCUGUACCGCGACGAGGGCUACCCGCACGAGGAGGCGUUGUUCGGCAUUCCCAAGUACGGCGGGACCAUUGCCGAGAGGAUCGUGCACGGCGGCGUGGAGCCGGGUAAGGCGGUAAAGACGUGGACUCUGUGCAGCGACGAUGACGUGAAGGACGUUACCCCCAUGGUGCCGACGGAUUCUCCUUUCAUCCUGAUGGUGGACCGAGGGGACUGCACCUUCGCCAGCAAGGUGCGGAAGGCGCAGCACAUGGGGGCGAUCGGGGUGAUCAUCGCGGACAACACGUGCCUGUGCAAGGACGAGGCCAACGGCAUCUGCAGCAAGUCCAGCGACACCCCCUGCGAACAGGUGGAACCCAUCAUGGCAGACGAUGGCUCAGGCGGUGACAUCACCAUACCUAGCUUCCUCAUGAAAAAGAUGGACGCGACUCUUAUCAAGAACCGACUGGAGGGUGGUCAGAGCGUCCAGGCCGAGAUGACCUGGUCCCUGCCUGCCCCCGACGACCGUGUGGAGUGGUCGCUGUGGACCUCCGCCAUGGACACGUCUGCAGCGCCCUUCAAGCGUGACUUCAAGGAGGUGGUCAAGACUCUCGGGAAGAGCGCACAGUUCACGCCGUACUACGUGGUGUACAACGGGGACUCCUACGGCUGCACGGGGGGCGGGACCAACAACUGCGGUAGCCUCUGCACGAACGACGGGCGGUACUGCAUGACGGACCCGGACUUCGACACGAAGGCCGGGGUGUCGGGGGCCGACGUGGUGCGGGAGUCGCUGAGGCAGAAGUGCGUGUGGAACAUCUACGGCGGCGAAGACGCCCCCUUGGCAGAUCAGGGGAUUGGAGAGAAGUGGUGGUCGUACGUGAACGAAUUCUUUUCCUCGUGUUCGGUCUCUGGUAACCGCUUCAACGACGAGAACUGCGUGGCGAGAGCUAUGAAGGCCGCAGGCAAGUCAAAGGUGGACAAAACGGUCGUCGACCGGUGCAUGUCCGACUCGGGCGGACUCGAAACGUCUGGCGUGAACACGAUCCUCGAGGCGGAGCUACUCGAGAAGGGCAAGAAGUCCAUCGUCAUCGUCCCGACGGUUUUCGUCAACAACGUGGCGGAGCGAGGAGGAAUCAACACGGCGGCCGUGCUGACCACCAUCUGCGCGGGCUACAAGAGCGGCACGGAACCCGAGAUCUGCCGGUGCGCCGGGCAGCUGAGCAGCGAGCAGGUGGACGCGUGCAUGAACAACAGGACCCUCGGGGGAGGGAGCGGCGGGAUGUCGGCGGGAAACACCCUGUUCCUGCUCUUCGCCGUGGUCGGCGCCAUGACGGCGGCGGGGUUCGUGCACUACAAGCGCACCCAGGCGCAGAUGCGAGACCAGGUGCGAGGCAUCCUGGCGGAAUACAUGCCCCUCGAGGACAUCGACGCCCCGGGGUCAUCGGCCCGGGUCCCCUUCAUGGACCCCCAAUCACGCGACACCUACUCGGUCGGCCGCACAAAGGAGUCGCAGCUUGUGUGAGGAGAUCUCCCUACGUCAGGAGCAAGCGGUGCUGCCACCAGGGGGGCGCACGGCGCGGGCGGGAGCGGGGUGUGUAGUGGACUCUGACGGUCGGUUGAGAGCGUAGGGGGAGGGGAAGAAAGCCGUGUGUGUCCGGGCCGCCCGCUCCGUUCCAGCUGUGCUUCCUGGCGCUGCUGCUGGCGGUAAGACGCCGACGGAAGGUAUAUUAUGGGAAGGAGGGAGCGGUGCCGUCGGCCCAUGCGUGUGCGCGUGUUCUUUUGUGGCCUUCUCCUGGGUGCCAGUGACAACGCAUAUGCCCGCGUGAGAUGCGCGGCACGUUGUCGUUUCGCUCCACUUGUACAAUAGUAAGGGAAGGCGGACGCCACGCCUUUGUCUUUUUGUGGCUGCUGCUGCUGCUGCUGCUGCUUCUUCUGCUGCUGCUGCUGCUGCCGGGGUCAUCAUGUAGGUAAUAACGGAGAGAGCGCCUUGGCGAGCGGUGCACCAUAUCGUUUCUCGCACGCGCGCGCGCUGGGUGCCGGAAGAUGCAUGCGUCCAUGCAUCGAAAAGCCUUCACGCCUAGAAUUUUCGGUAGGGGUGGCGGGGGUUCUCGCAGUAGCAACAGCGACGGAGGCGGAGUCUGCCGGGUGGUGGUGUCAGGUAGCGCACCACGGCGUAGCGCUUGUUCGUCGGGUCGGAAAGGGUCGUCAAUGGCUGCUCGUGCAAGUCGCGCACGCGAGUGUGUUCCGAUGCAUGCGUACGUCGCUGCGCCGGGGGCCGCGUGCUAUGGCUUGCGCCAAGGAUCAUUCGUAGCCCGCGGGCGGCGCUGUCUGUUCCAUUCUUGUGCUCUUGCGCUUCAGGUGGUGUAUGGAACGUUUGGGUUGGUUGUUUUCGGCAUGUGUGCUGGAAUCUCUCCCUCCAUACUACCGAACGACGUGUGUUUGUUUCUGUUAGCAGCGCUUAACGCGAACAUUUUGAUGUUACACUUCGUUCUUCCCUUGUUUUCUUUUUUUGGCACAAAACCAACCAUUUUUUCCCCUUUUCGGUGCGUUGUACUCCCCUGGAUGUUUUUGCUUUUUUGCUGUGCGUUAUGCGGGGGCAGAAUGGAGAGUAGGACGUGUCUUGGUCUGGGCCAUUAAAAAAAGCAUUUUCACCACCGGGUCGAACUUCGGCUUCAGGGUCGACGAGGGAAAGGGAUGGCUGAAUCCUUCUCGCGAUGAACCACUGAUGCAAGCACCUCAGUGGGAGAGGUGGGGCAAUACAACCAAA